CUAGGUCUACCCGCGGGGAAGGAAGCGGCUGUCUGUAGCGCCAGCCUCUGAGGCUCUAGGGCCGUACAGGCAGCUGUUUGGUCCUAGUACCUCGGCUGCGGCCGCGAGCUCCUCCACGUGCUUUCGGCAGCGACAUGGAGCUGGAGGAAUUGGGGAUUCGCGAGGAAUGCGGCGUGUUCGGGUGCAUAGCUUCUGGAGAAUGGCCCACGCAGCUAGAUGUGCCGCAUGUGAUCACUCUAGGACUCGUGGGGCUGCAACACCGGGGCCAGGAGAGUGCUGGUAUGGUGACCAGUGAUGGGAGUUCUGUGCCAACAUUCAAAACGCAUAAGGGAAUGGGUCUUGUAAAUCAUGUUUUUACUGAAGACAAUUUGAAGAAAUUGUAUGUUUCAAAUCUUGGCAUUGGACACACGAGGUAUGCCACUACAGGAAACUGUGAAUUAGAAAAUUGUCAGCCCUUUGUUGUUGAAACACUUCACGGGAAAAUAGCUGUGGCACAUAAUGGCGAAUUGGUGAAUGCUGCUCGGUUAAGGAAAAAGCUUCUGCGUCAUGGUGUUGGUCUGUCCACCAGCUCUGAUAGUGAAAUGAUAACCCAGUUACUGGCAUAUACCCCUCCUCAGGAACAAGAUGACACCCCAGACUGGGUAGCAAGGAUUAAAAACUUAAUGAAGGAAGCACCCACAGCAUACUCCCUACUUAUAAUGCACAGAGAUGUUAUUUACGCAGUUCGGGAUCCUUAUGGAAAUCGUCCUCUAUGCAUUGGUCGACUUAUUCCAGUUUCUGAUAUAAAUGACAAAGAAAAAAAAACAUCAGAAACAGAAGGAUGGGUUGUGUCUUCAGAAUCUUGUAGCUUUUUAUCUAUUGGUGCAAGAUAUUACCGUGAAAUUUUGCCUGGGGAAAUUGUGGAAAUAUCCAGACAUAAUGUCCGAACUCUUGAUGUCAUAUCAAGGUCUGAAGGAAACCCAGUGGCUUUUUGUAUCUUUGAAUAUGUUUAUUUUGCAAGACCAGAUAGUAUGUUUGAAAACCAAAUGGUUUAUACGGUAAGAUACCGUUGUGGUCAACAGCUGGCAAUUGAAGCACCUGUGGAUGCAGAUUUGGUUAGCACUGUUCCGGAAUCUGCUACACCUGCUGCUCUUGGUUACGCAGGAAAGUGUGGACUUCCCUAUGUGGAGGUGCUGUGUAAAAACCGGUAUGUUGGAAGAACUUUCAUUCAGCCAAACAUGAGGUUAAGACAACUUGGUGUUGCCAAAAAAUUUGGAGUGUUGUCGGACAACUUUAAAGGCAAAAGAAUUGUUCUUAUAGAUGAUUCUAUUGUGAGAGGCAAUACCAUCUCACCUAUAAUAAAAUUGCUCAAAGAAUCGGGUGCAAAAGAGGUACACAUUCGAGUAGCUUCCCCACCAAUUAGAUACCCAUGCUUCAUGGGAAUCAACAUUCCCACAAAAGAAGAGCUUAUUGCCAAUAAACCAGAAUUUGAUCGUCUUGCAGAAUAUUUAGGAGCAAACAGUGUUGUAUAUCUGUCAGUAGAAGGACUCGUUUCAUCUGUACAAGAAGGAAUAAAAUUUAAAAAACAGAAAGAGAAAAAGAAUGAUAUUAUGAUUCAAGAAAAUGGAAAUGGUUUGGAAUGUUUUGAAAAGGAUGGUCAUUGUACAGCUUGUCUCACUGGAAAAUACCCCGUGGAACUGGAAUGGUAGCGGGAAGGGGCAGAUAUGUUGCUGAAAAUUGGUCAAGGAGUGAAGUGGUUACACCUUACUGUUUUUCUCAGUUGGUAAAAUAUAUAAUGCCACAUGCUUGUGUUUUCCUUUAUAUGUUUUGAGAGUUUUUUUUUUUUUUUCCUGUAAAGGGUACCAAAGUGCUAUAAUUGAACCUUGCUAAUUGCAUAUUGUACAACAUGUGGUAUUCUUUUCUAAAAGGCAUUGGCUAGCCUUUUCUACCUGCAGUGAAGGCAGGUGGUAAGUGGCAUUCGCCAAGUCCAUGCUUCAAGGGUUAGUGAGAGGUUAAACUAAGAUAGGAGCUGUGAUUCGAGCAGGACAAGUGAGUUAAUAACAUUUCAUACCAAGUUUGAAUCCAUCAUACCCCAUAGUUGUCUAGCCUCUACAGUUCUGGCUGUAGUUACAACCUUGGCUUCUCUAACUUUAGACAACUCUUU